GGUGGAUCCUUGCUCUUUAAUGACAGCGCUGUUGUUUUGCUUGUUUUCUUCCUGGGUCCGAUGCUUUGAUAGGAGUUUAAUCAAUGCUCUGUCAACAACCGAAUGCACGGAAUCGCUUUUGGGUACACCGGUGAGACACGGGCAAGGCCCAGUAACUAUUAUUCACCCGGACUCUGGCUGUUUUGUUGUACAAAGCUAACUAGCUAGCCGUGGCUAGCCGUGCGGCUAACGUCAAUUUGUAGCAUCGCCAACAGCUAAUUGUUAGCAGAAGGAUCACAACAAUCUCUGCCUUUCGCAAAGCUGACUGAGGUGAAGGACUAGUUAUUCCUGGGGAUGCAUGGCUGGCAGUAGAAAUGUCGCAGUCUGAGGACGUUUGUGCAGAUGAGUGGGACUGAGAGCCGCUCCUCCCGGAUGAGUUAGCAAAAAUGUCCUGCAAAUCAACUAAAGUGGCCCCGAGUGUUGAUUUCGACCACAGCUGCUCGGACAGCGUGGAAUAUCUGACGCUCAAUUUCGGCCCGUUUGAGACCGUCCAUCGCUGGAGGAGACUCCCACCCUGUGAUGAGUUCGUGGGAGCAAGGCGCAGCAAGCAUACCGUCGUGGCCUACAGAGACGCCAUAUACGUGUUUGGGGGAGACAAUGGCAAAAACAUGCUCAAUGAUCUACUCCGCUUUGAUGUGAAGGACUGUUCCUGGUGCAGAGCUUUCACUACCGGGACGCCUCCUGCCCCCAGAUACCACCACUCAGCUGUGGUCUAUGGCAGCAGCAUGUUUGUGUUUGGGGGAUACACAGGAGACAUCUACUCAAAUUCUAAUUUGAAAAACAAAAAUGACCUUUUUGAGUACAAAUUUGCUACUGGGCAGUGGACUGAAUGGAAAGUGGAGGGGAGCUUACCAGUGGCUCGAUCUGCACAUGGAGCCACUGUGUACAACGAUAAACUGUGGAUAUUUGCAGGCUACGAUGGAAAUGCGAGGCUGAAUGACAUGUGGACAAUCAGUCUGCAGGACCGAGAACACGCCUGCUGGGAGGAGAUUGAUCAGAGUGGGGAGAUUCCUCCUUCUUGCUGCAACUUCCCUGUUGCUGUGUGCAGGGACAAGAUGUUUGUGUUUUCUGGUCAGAGUGGAGCCAAGAUCACAAAUAAUCUCUUUCAGUUUGAGUUCAAAGGCCAUAUGUGGACGCGAAUACCCACCGAACAUUUACUGCGGGGCUCCCCUCCGCCCCCCCAGAGACGUUACGGACACACUAUGGUGGCCUUCGACCGGCACCUGUAUGUCUUCGGGGGUGCUGCUGACAACACGUUGCCCAAUGAGCUGCACUGCUACGACGUGGACUCUCAGACCUGGGAGGUGAUCCACCCCAGCCUCGACAGCGAGAUGCCGAGUGGGAGACUCUUCCACGCCGCUGCUGUGAUUCAAGACGCUAUGUACAUCUUCGGAGGGACUGUAGACAACAAUGUCCGCAGUGGAGAGAUGUACAGAUUCCAGUUUUCAUCCUACCCAAAGUGUACGCUCCAUGAAGACUACGGCAAACUGUGGGAGAACCGACAAUUCUGUGACGUGGAAUUUAUUCUCGGCGAGAGGGAAGAGAGGGUCUUGGGGCACAUCGCCAUAGUGACUGCACGAUGUCAGUGGCUGCGGAAGAAAAUCCUGCAGGCUCGGGAUAGGCAGCGGCAGAGGACUAAACAGGAGAGCAGUGAGGAGAGUGACGAGGGAGCAGCUGGAGGCCCGAGGGAUAUCCCAGCAGGCAGCAGGCCAUCAGGCACGCAGCCGCUGCUGGAGGUGUCCAUCAGGGAAGCCGAGGCCCAGCCUUUUGAAGUCUUGAUGCAGUUUCUCUACACAGACAAGAUCCAGUACCCUCGCAGAGGUCAUGUGCAGGAUGUCCUCCUGAUCAUGGAUGUUUACAAACUGGCUCUUCACUUUAAGCUGUCUCGGCUGGAGCAGCUGUGUGUGCAGUACAUCGAAGCCUCUGUCGACCUGCAGAAUGUCCUCAGCGUUUGUGAAAACGCCAACAAGCUGCAGCUGGACCAACUCAAGGAACAUUGUCUGAAUUUUGUGGUGAAGGAGUCACACUUCAACCAGGUGAUCAUGACCAAAGAGUUUGAGCAUCUCUCCACCCCGCUGAUAGUGGAGAUAGUCCGGCGGAAGCAGCAGCCGCCCCCCAGGCUGUACUCGGACCAGCCGGUGGACAUCGGCACCUCGCUGGUGCAGGACAUGAAGGCCUACCUGGAGGGCGGCGGCCUGGAGUUCUGCGACAUCAUCCUGCUGUUAGACGGUCACCCGCGGCCGGCACAUAAAGCCAUCCUGGCUGCUCGAUCCAGUUACUUCGAGGCCAUGUUCCGCUCCUUCAUGCCAGAGGACGGACAGGUGAAUAUAUCCAUUGGCGAGAUGGUUCCAAGCAAGCAGGCCUUUGAAUCCAUGCUGCGCUACAUCUACUACGGGGACGUCAACAUGCCUCCAGAGGACUCCCUCUAUCUGUUCGCUGCUCCGUAUUACUACGGCUUUUCCAAUAACAGGCUGCAGGCGUACUGUAAGCAGAAUCUGGAGAUGAACGUGACUGUGGAGAAUGUCCUGCAGAUCCUGGAGGCUGCAGAUAAGACUCAGGCUCUGGACAUGAAGAAGCACUGCCUCCACAUUAUUGUCCAUCAGUUCAUUAAGGUAUCCAAGCUCCCCAACCUGCGGUCUCUCAGCCAGCUGCUGUUGUUGGACAUCAUUGAGUCUCUAGCCACACACAUAUCAGACAAACAGUGUGCCGAGAUGGGCUCCGAUAUUUAGGAUGACUCCGAGAGCCGGGACUCGUUCUCCUCUCGCAGAAGCCAUAAAUCUCUGCUGCACUUAACUUCUCGUCAUUCCCUGCUCCCUCACACACAGUGCGUUUGUUUUAGUUUUUUUGUUUGUUUUUUUUUCUGUUGUACCCUGCAUGUCUCAAAGCUCACACAAUAGAAGCCUUUUUUCCACGUAGUAUCAGGUUUUUCAUGCUUCUUCAUCUCAGUGAAGAGAGUUCAAAACCUCAACGUAAAGUUGUAAAAUAAUGUAAAGAAAACAAAAAAAACAAAGGCCAUUUUAUAUUUAGGUUGACAUUUAUUUAUUUUGGAUACAGAAACAAACUUUUGCAAGGUUUUAUUCUGCUUAUUAAUGCUUUGAAUGUCUUUAACUGAUACAGUUUACUGUCAGAAUACAGACGUAUGACAGGAGAAAUAUUCUGCUCCUUCAGAUAUAUUCUCAUUUUAUUGAAAAAAACCGAUGUUGUUGACAUAUAACACAAAAUCAUUUAUCCAAAUCUGUAUUAAUCACUUGUACUACACUCAUCUGUCACUGUCAGAAAGCCCUGAUUGUAUGUUUGAAAUAAUCCUAAUCAUUAUACAACAAAACGUAGAACAUGCCUGUCUUUGACCUGUUUCUUUUAAUGUUGUCAAGCCUUUGUACUAAUCACUGUUUACCGUUACUAAUGGAUAAACUUUCCAUACAGUACAGAUAUAUGUAUUUAGUGGCAUCAGUAUGCUGUUAUUAAAUACUUGCCCAUGUACGUUUCAUGUAUUUGAAGCCUUAAUAAAUCAUUUCAUAU